AUGGCAGGAAUAGAUAGUAGGAAAAGCACUUCAGAAGAUAACGACAGUGAUAACAUGCCAUCUAUUGAAGGCUUGAGUAUAGACUCUGAUAGAGAUGCCUCUAUAGGUAUAGUACCCGACCCAAAUGUUGUUUUGUUAACUGCAGAUUCUGAACUGACAGAAGAUUUGCCUGAUGAUACAGAAGUCAUCGAUUUACUACAUUUGAAAAUUCGAUCGUUAGAGGAUUUGGGGCUAUACAGAUUUUCUAAGUUAACAAGCUUAUGCCUAAGACAGAAUCUCAUUGAAAGUAUUAGCGAAGUUGAGGUUUUGCCAGUCGAUACUAUGAAAGACUUGGAUCUUUAUGAUAAUAGAAUAAAACAUAUCUCAAGUAAUGUGAAUAUACUGGUUAAUUUGGAAAGUUUGGAUUUGUCAUUUAACAAGAUAAAGCAUAUAAAGAAUAUUGACAAAUUGAGUCAAUUGGAGAAUCUAUACUUUGUUCAAAACAAAAUAUCAAUUAUUGAAAAUUUGUCCAGUUUGAAAAGGCUAAAAAAUCUUGAAUUAGGCGGCAACAGAAUCAGUGAAAUUGGGCCUGAGGCAUUGAGAGGACUCGAAAACCUUGAAGAGAUAUGGCUUGGUAAAAAUUCGAUAUCAAGACUGAUGAAUCUCCACUGGUUGAAAAAUUUGAAGAUCCUAUCAAUUCAAGCAAAUCGGUUGAAGAAACUCGAAGGUCUCGAAGAAUUGGAAAAUUUAGAGGAGUUAUAUGUCUCUAACAAUUUCAUUCGAAAGAUCGAAGGUUUAGAUAAAAACUUAAAAUUAAGAACGUUGGAUGUUACAUCUAAUAAAAUCACCAAGGUGGAAAAUGCCAAACAUUUGAAAUCAUUAACCGACUUGUGGGCUUCUUUUAAUCAGAUUGACCAGUCGUUUGAAUCAAUUGGUGAAGAACUUGGAGAAAUUAAGACGCUAGAAACUAUUUAUUUGGAGGGAAAUCCAAUUCAAGCUAAAAAUAUGACAUCUUAUAGAAGAAAACUCGUCAUGAACUUGAGUCCAACGCUAAACAAAAUCGAUGCCACUUUUGUACGUCAAGACUGA